AUGUUUCCUCUAAAACGUCAAGGCUAUAGCGAUUUAAGACGCGUGCACUUUACGAAAUCAGAUAGCGAGGACUCAGAAGCUUCUGAGGGUGUGCAAUAUGAGCCACACCCGCAAGGCCAUCAUAGAUGGUGGCUCGGCUAUGGGCUCUUUAUUAUGCUUGGAGUAUCUGUCUUUGUCAACGGCAUGCAAUAUAUCAACAAGUUAUUAGACGCUUCCAAACACACGCCGCACGACAUUGACGACGUCUGCUCUAUGCAUACUUUUGAGUACCCAUCACCUAUACAGAAGGACAUCCAGGUCAAAUACAGGACGACCAAGUUCAACGACUCUUUCUUAGAGCAGUCACGGUACCGUGGUCCACCCGGGCCAGCGACAGAUCGGCUUUGGCUAGAACUUGGGACAAGAAAUCGCCACUACAUUGUACCGGAAGAUGAAGGCCAUAAGUACGGCCUCAACCCGGGUCACGCAAAGAUCGAUCCCAAGUACGGCGGAGGCUAUCCAGUUCUGUUCCAAUUCGAACACGAUCUUCAUUGCCUCAACCUCAUGCGACAAGCCCUCUGGUGGAACUACGAGUACUAUUCAGCGAAGGGAGAGGGUCCCUUCAGCAACCCUCCGGAAGUCCUUGAGAAGCAUGUUGGGCAUUGCAUGGACAUGCUUCGUCAAGCACUGAUGUGCAAACCUGACUUGCAGGUCUUUGGGCAGUAUUGGAUCGGAGAUAUCAAAACUCCAUUUGUGGACUUCAACACAAACCAUAAAUGCAUGAACGUACCUCCCGGGAUCACUCCACUUACUCCUUCCUGUCUUUUCUUGUUGAGGUCUGCAGCGAGAGAUGGCGAACUCGUUGAGAGAUUCACGCCUCUAUCGUCUCCGCCGGACUAA